AUGUUUUAUUCCGAACGAUUGCUGGCCAAGACGGGCCCUUUGGCUCGUGUCUGGCUGGCUUCCAACGUAGAGCGCAAGCUUACGAAACAGCAGAUCUUGUCGCAAGACAUCUCGAACAGUGUGCACGUCAUUGUCGAGCAGGGUGAUGGCCCCAUCGCGCUUCGCUUGAGCGCUCAGCUCAUGUUGGGCGUUGUCAAGAUAUACGGUCGCAAAGCUCGCUAUUUACUCGACGACUGCAAUGAGGCUCUUGUUAAGAUUCGAAUGACAUUCAAGUCCACAAACAACCACGAUCUACCAAACCAGGCUACGACUACUAUCGACCUCAAUCUGCCUGAACAGCUGACAAUCGACGACCUUUUCCCAGCCCUCGAUUUUGGGUUCGCUUUAACUCAGCAGCCUGCGACUCAGGUAGAUGACCGUACCCUUGAUGAUGAAGACGAUUGGACAAGUUCUCUCAAUCCUCAGACGCAGAGCGAGAACGCGGGCUUUGCUUCAGGAACUGCCGCCGUGCACGAUGACGACCUUGGCCUGGAUCUCGGCGAGGAUGUAGGGCUCGAAGAUACUACAAUCAGCAUGCAGAUGGGAAGAGGAGAAGCCACACCACGUCCAGAUGAACCCACGGAACUACCUGCAUACGACGAUGGGGAUGACCUUGGUCUGGACCUUGGUGAAGAUGUCGGUCUACCUGACACCACUGCCAGAAUAGCAGACGAGCCAACUAUAGCCUUUGACGAUGAUCAACCGCCUAUUGCUCUUGACGAAGAAGCCAUACUAAGAGGCGCCACAGCCGAGAGAGAAGAAUCUCCUCUCUCAGAAGCAGACCCUGAAUUUAUGGCCGAGGGCGAUCGCACUUUUCAGCAGAUGCAAGAUGUCGAAGAGGAGCAAGCAAUUGCUCAACAACGUCAAGUCUCGAGGAGAAUGAAGCCAAUGCAGGCAGAUCGUGAGACCGUACUUCACAAUACCGAGAUAAGAGCAUGGGAAACUGACCGUGCGAGGUUGUUGAAACCCCAAUCUCUGCUGCCUGAGGAUCCCGAAUUGCUUGCUCUCCUGGAAAUGCAGAGGAGUGGUGACUUUGUGAAGAACGCCAUGAACGACACUUUCGGACGUGGUUGGGCUCCAGAAAUCCAAGGCUUGUUGAGUUUCGAUAUUGUCCUCAGAUCUGGUCAGAAGCGAAAGAGAGACAGUGGUAUUGCAGAUGUCGCCUCUGAAGAUGAACAUAGUGACAAGAGUCCUCGUCUUGACAUCUCAGAGGUGCAAGAUGAGCAGGUCAUGAUCGAAGAUGAAGGUGUCGAAAUUCGAGAGCCAUCACAGUCUCCAAUACAACCACGAGCCGCAGUAGAAGAAGAACAUGUCCCUGUCGAAACAGACGAUCUUGCUGGUAUGGUACCUGGCGAGGAUGACGAAGGCAUCUACACUGCUGAAGGUGGCUUCGACGAGACAACAAUGCCUCUUGUGCAUCCUGCCGAUAGCGGUCCUAUAUCUGUUGGCACACAGCACGCUGUGCAUACGUUACGGGAAGUCUUCGGUGGCUCCCCUGAUGCGGGCAGCCCAUCUGCACAAUCAAGGAAAACAGUGACGUUGCAAGAGUUGGUCCCAGAAACACGUACGAGCAGAGAAGACGCUACAAAGAUGUUUUUCGAAGUCUUGGUACUGGCCACGAAAGACGCCAUCAAAGUCGAACAGGACAAACAGCCAAUCACAGGAACUGAGCUAGGCCUUCCGAUCAGGAUCAGGGCAAAGAGAGGACUGUGGGGACAAUGGGCAGAACCUACACAAACAGAAGCUGCCACUCAGGAGGUUGAAGUUGGUGCAUGA